GCCACGAGACAAGAUCUUCCCCGCCAAGUUCUGCUGUGGGUUUUUGUUUUUCUUCGAAUUGAACUGAAUUCCAUUCACUUCGAGGACACUUGAAACAGAGACUAUCAGAAAAGUUCCAAGAUGGCCGCUUUGUGGAUAAAAGAUAAUAUCAACAACGAUGACGACGAAUCGAGUGACAAAGAUGUUGAAGAUAUUUGGGAUGACACAGCACUCAUAGAGGCCUAUGAUAAAGCAAUACAGUCAUAUAAGAGUUCAUUGGAAAGUGGAAAUGGCAAGGAUAGUGCUCAGAUCAAGAAACAGAAGCAAACAAAAAAAAGCAAGAGCUCAAAGAAAAAGGAAAGCUCUCACUUGAAAAUUGCAUGGAAUGUCGGAGAUAUUUGUAGAGCUAUUUACUAUGCAGAUGGACUUGUGUAUGAUGGACAAAUUAUUGAUAUACAAAAAAGGGAUGGGACAUGCACAGUAAGAUUUGAUUUCUAUGAGAAUGAAGAAAUUGUCAAUAUUGAAGAUGUUUUUCAAAAGGACCAUGAUAAAAGGCAUAGUAAUGGCAUUGAUAGGAAACAUGACUCAAAUAAAAACAGAACGAUGCAAAGAGGCAACAAACAUGCAAAUGACAGAAUAGAUACCCGCAAAAUUACUUCUAGUGGCAGUGAGAGAGAUGAAAGUGCAAACAACCACAGAUCCUCACAUAGACACAGUGGAGCUAAUUUUCAGGGUUCCAGCUCAUUGACCAUUGGGGACGUUUGUUUGGCAGUGAACCCUCGUACAGGAAGAUUCGAAGAGGCAGUGAUAACAAACUUGAAUGCUGGAUACAGUGACGUCACCUUCACCACAAGCAUGCUGAAGGAAAGGGUAUCUUCCUCAUCGCUCAGAAACAAAAGCUCUAAAAGAACGCUUCAUCAACAUAAAUGUCCUAAGCAUCAAAUGCCAGAUUACCACAAAGAAGAUGACGAAUUUUGGUUUCCAGGCCUUGCAUCUCCGUUUUUCCCUCCAUCUUUCAUUCCCCAGAUGCCCCUGUUUCCGCAUCCACCAUUCUCUCCGUGGCAAGGGUAUGGACUGCAAAAUUCUUAUGGAAACAUGCCGAAAAUAAGACGCGCGGAACAUGGGCUGCCCCCUCCCCCGCCACCCCCUCCAGCUGGUCUGCCAAUAAAUGCCGAAAAUGUAAGUGAUGACGCAUUAGCAAGCAUGUUGAUGUCAUGGUAUAUGGUUGGUUAUCAUACAGGAUAUUACCAGGGUCUCAAACAAGGUAAUUCUGGCCAACCAUCUCCUAAACAUUCGGAUAAUAUUGAUCCAGUCGAAACACAGUCAACUUCAAGCUCAAAGCCUGAACUUUAGCUAAGCUCUUGCAACGUGGGCCUACCAACAAUGCUCGGGGACGUAGCAUCGAUUGUCACAAGCAAACGCAUUUCUUUUUCCUUGGAUAAAUUGUCCAUAUGUUCAAGUUAAUUGUUUAGUACAUUUUACAUAUUUGACUUUUAACGGUCAACUGACCUCACCCUCUUUUGUUAUGUCGUGACAAUGAUUGUUUUUGUGUUCAUCCUUCUCUUCCUGCCUGUUGCAUUUUAAAUAAACUUAAUGUUAUUAUUUUACUGCCAAAUGUAGUUGGCUCUUU